AGGCCGAGUGCUUACCAUACCAAGACUGAAGCAGUGAGUUGCGGGUUAGAUUCCAGCUACCUGCAACAGUUCUGGUUAAAUCUGCGAGGAGGUCGGGCGGUUAAGCCCAGCAAAAGUUAGAGCAGUGAGUCGCGUGCUCGAGACUCGUAACAAGCUGUGAAAAUUUGGCGAUGUUCAGAAUUGACAACAGGUCUAGAGGCCUAAUCAACGCUGGCACCGCUACUAUUUAUAGUACAUUAUAAACCUAUCCAAAGUUGAAUUAAUUCUCAAUAAGGCUUGUUACGGUGAGUAGGUGACUUAAAUAAAAAUUUAAUCACAAAUCGUGGUUUAAUCCAAAUUAUUCUUCAGCAGAAUCACAGUGGAGUUGAGCCAACUCUUUUAAAAAUAGAGAAGUUGGGCGGCGUUUUGAAGAAAGCAAAGUAUAAUGAAGACCACAAGCCGUAGAAUGGUGACGUUGGUGGUGUUGUUGGCGACUGCUGGGGCAAUGGUGUCUUGUUUCCCGAACGAUCCCCGCACCAACACCCACUUCACUUCGGGUUCUUUCGAUUUCCCUCGCGAGGGGGAAUACGACCCUCGGGGGAAUGGCAGACAACAACCCCACAACUACGACAACAAUAACAACGGAUGGUUGGUCAACAAAAACCGGGGGCGCGGGAACAACUGGGACCCGAACUCAAAAUUCGACGGUGGAGUAAAUGCAAGACCUGUUUCUAACAUCCAGGACCACCCUAGUUUAAACUUGGACGACAUCGACAACGACAACCGCGUGCCCGUCCGCAACUUCGGUAACAAUAGAAACGAUAGAUACAACAACAACCGCUACAAUCACAACAACAAUAUUUUUGGGGGAGCCCCAAUGCCCGGAAUCCUUCCCCACCAACCCACAUUGCUCGAUGCUCAUCUUCGCCCCCAACUGCCCCGACACGAGGGGAACGCGCAGUCCGGCCCAACCAACCCCAACCAGCCCCUUGAUGUGGGACCGGCAUUUGAGGGCUGCGAGCGUCAUCCAGGCCCUCAGAACGCCGAGUGGAUGCAGGAGGGCCACUACCAGACGAUAGCCCAGCCCAUGCAGCAUGGCAGCCACAUCGCGGUCUACCCUCUCACCACCCUCGCCCCCAGCUACACCCUCAAGAUCACCAUGCCUAGUGUCAACUAUCAGGUCGCCAUCCAAGGUACCCACGUGAGGCUCGAGAAAUGCGGCACCAAGAGAGGGCGCUGCGAAGUGCAGGACGAGAAGGCGACCAAGAGCAAGGACCUACUGCGACCACAGACAUGGAACUACUUCUACUCACAAGUUCUACCUAACCAGCUGACCAUCGGCAUCAACGAGGAGGUUGAAGUGAUGUCCAUGAAUGACAUCCCAACGGAUGAGCUGAAGGAGGCGGAGUGGUUGGUGAUGACGGGGGAUGGCAGGAGUGAUGAUGGGUCAUCACACGCCUCUGGAGAUGGUGCUUUUGUGGCACAAUACCCCUGUGCUGAGUACGUGGCUGCGCAUAUGCCGACAACUCCAUACCCCGGGCGGCAGCCUCCUUCACCCAAUUACAACCCAACCCGACCCUCAUACAACCCUCACGCCCCUGGUUUACACCCUAAUAACCCCACGAUGCCUGGUGCAACCCACUACAACCCCUUCGACCCCAUGGAUACACGCACUGACCCACACUCCCACACGCACGUCAACGACACGCACACCACGCAGUACCUACACACCACGGACUCACCUUCCUUCACCGACGCAGUGUUUCACACCACGGCCGCGCCAGAGCAGGAGGGAGGCGCCAGCGCGGCUCUGAUCGUAGGUGUGAUCGUGGCCAUCCUCAUCGUGAUCUUGAUCGUAGCGAUCGUGCUGACGGUGAUCAAAAAACAGCGCAGCAUGACUGUUAACGAGGGCACUCCGCUGAGCGAGCAACAGACGUCCGCAAAACAGGAGCAGCAACAGGCGAAAUAAACGCGCGAGGGGAAGAGAAGAACAUAACAGAGAUAUAAUACAACAGGGAGAUUAAAAACAGCUGGUCAUUAACAGAGAUAUAAUACAACAGGGAGAUUAAAAACAGCUGGUCAUCAACAGAGUGAUAAAUUAUAAUACAACAGAGAUAUGAACAACAGCUGGUGAUGAUUUAAUCAACAGAGAUAUAAUACAGCAGGGAGAUUAACAACAGCUGGUGAUGA